AUGAAUUCAACAGCCAAGCUUAACAACUCUUUACCAGCUGAUAGGGAAAUCAUCAUAAGCGGUCCUAAUAACCAAUCUACUCCCGCGUCCAACAAUUACCAUUCAAACGUCUCUUAUGGAUCAGCCGACGUUCCUCGUGGAACUCAAAUUUCCCCUACUACUUCCCAUGGCAAUAGCUUCCUUGAUUCAUCCGCGUAUGCUAAACAUGUUUCUCCAUCACUAAGCAGCCCGGCCAACGCUCCACCUUCCUAUUCAGUACAACUUCCGACCACCAACGAAAGCAAUGAUUCAAUCAAAACACCAGACUUACGUUCCAACAUGAUUAAUGAGAAUGGCUCUUCUACAACAGACGCCAGCACGAAGGAGAAUGGCGUUCAUGCACCAGCCGCUAAACUACCGAUUGACACUGAUGAAGGCUUGACUGCUGUUUGCUUAUACGACUAUGUGGCUUGUGCGUGUACUUUUCUUUAA